GUUAUAAUGCACCCUAAACUGCUGAAAAGGGACAAUAGACCUUAAGCAAGAGAGAGACACGAUGGCGAACCAUAGCUUGUGCAAAUUAAAUUAUUAAAUUGUGAUAAAUAGCCUGCGCUAUGCCACCCAACUUAGGCACUGCCAUCCUUACGGCCCAACUAAUCCUGACGAUCGCAUUUCUGAACUCAUCCGAAGCGAACAAGUGCAAACUGAGCGAGUUUCCUUGCGCCAAUGGCAAAUGUUUGCCGCAAAACCGUUUCUGCGACAACAAAAACGAUUGCGGAGACUCCUCGGACGAGCCUCGAUAUUGUACAAGAUGUAAUCGGACUUACCACGGAAUAAUAGGGAAGACGUACGACCUGGAACUGCACAGACCAAAGGAGGAUAAAAUCCCGUUCGUUUGCCAUCUGACUUUUACUAGUGCAGGAGGCGAAUAUGGAGAUUUAGUUCAGGUUACGUUCGAUAGUUUUACACUGGGUCGAUUUGUGUCGUUUACAAUCGACGGGUGUCCAGAUGGUGCCUUACAAAUUACGGAGUCCAAUCGACCUCAGGUGGGUGGGUCAUGGUGUGGGACCUCGUGGGGUCCGGUUGUUUACUACAGCGAAACGAAAUCCAUCACCAUUCACGUGAACCUGUACAAAUUGUCCAAAGUGGAAAACGGUUACAAUUUCGACUAUAGGAUGGAGUAUAAGUUCUUAAGGAAAAGGGCGGCCAUAGUCCGAUACGGUGGAACACCCCCGCCCACUUUCCUGAACAUCACGUUGCCCACCCCGAUCCCGGAACCCGACUAUUACCUGGGGGAACUCAUAGCCGGAACGUACUGUUCCCGUAUAUUCAGCGACUGUGAUAAGAAGCACUGCCGUCUUCAAUCGCCCAACUUCCCGGGAAUCUAUCCCAGAAAUUUGACCUGUUAUUAUGCCGUGCGGCAACACGAAAUACCACACGGAAAACAUGCCAUAAUCACUGUACGCCAACCCAAAGGGCAACUAAUAUCAAUAAGGAGUCAAUCGUCCCUUUACGGUACCGCCACCCCUAGGGAGCUGAAAGUGUGGAACGCCUGUGACGAUGUACAGGAUUAUGUGACCGUUUAUGAUGGUUACACCACUCGUGAUUCGGUUAUCCUAAAGUUUUGCGGAGGGGGUGAACCGGUUCCAGAGGCCGUAUCCAGCGGCCACGAACUCCUUGUGGAAUUCUCCACUUCUCCCUAUGGAACGUUUUUACAGCCCGCACCUGUGCAUAGUUUGCAUGGGUUCCAGCUGGAAGUAGAGGUCAAGUUCGUUGACCAACAAACCCCCUCGUACGUAAAACAGAAGAGGAGCUGCGAGUUUUGGCUACGUGGCACCAAUAGGGGCGUUCUGGAGAGUCCUAUACACUCUUUGCCCGCCAACACUACUUGUCUCUAUCACUUGCAAGGCAUGGACCCGUUUGCCUCGACCUCCCCGGCCCCGUUUCGCCCCAUGAACCCCCGCUAUCCAGACUGGAGAUCGGUGGGGAUGAUCACCCCCCCGCCCCGCUACAGGGUGUGGCUAUCAAUAGUGAAAUUCCACGCGGGGAACUCUUGGGAUCCAGAAACUCCCGACAGGAUGUGCAGGAGUUAUUUGAACGUGUGGGAUGGCCAACUGUGGCAGCCUAGUAACUGUGAGGGCCUAUUUUGUGGUACAAAGGAGAAGUACAAUCUGGACAACUACUCCGCGAACACCAUAACGAAAACUAUUACCACCCCGUCGGCCAAAGGGGGUAAAAACGUGACGCUUUUGGGGAGGUUUUGUAGGGAGCACGUGCCGAGGAGUUGCGAACAGUUUUUACUGGGAAACUCCUCGAGGUUUCCACGACCUUGUAGUAUGACGGAGAGUUACUUGACCAGCGGGGAUACGUUGACUUUGGAGUUGAAGUUGGCCGACUCCACCGCUUUAAAACCAGUGAGCUUUAAAGCACUCUACGAAUUCGUGGAUCUCCACUUGGACGGUGAGCCCUACGGCGAGGGGCCUUGCUCCAGGAAAUUCUCGGCCCUCAGCAACGAGUCUCAGCAAAAAUUCCGCUCCCCGAGCGACAUUUUCCUAUACGGUCGCGGAGGUUCUAAGAACAUCAGUUGCAUAUAUCGUUUCGAGGGUCAAAAGGGCGAAAAAAUCAAAAUUACCCUGACCGAUGUGCUGAUAAAACACCGACGAUGUACCACCAGCAGGAACCCGGAAACCGAGAGGCUCGAAUGUGACGGGGAUAUCGGCGCGACCUUGAGGUUCUUCGAAGUGCCUUGGAUCGAUGUGCCUGGGGUGCCCAGAGACUGCCUUUGUGGAUUAAACAAGGACAAACUGCUGCCGUUUACUUACGUCUCCUCCUCCAACGUGGUGGAACUGAGGUUCGACGUCACCAACAUGAACGCCUCCGAUGAUUUUAAUUCCUUGUACUUCGAGGGCGUGUGGAAGUACAUUAGGACCCCCACGUGUGAUCUUAACCUGAGAAAAUCCGGACCUAAUGGGGAGUUGGUUUUCAGUUUUCCUCCCGAGGGAUCAGAGAUCAACUGCGAGAAUAGCCCGAGAGCUUUUGUACCCGGUCCCAACAAGUUCCUCUACGUGAAAAUCGGAGGGGUGAUUCUCAAACAUUCGAGCCGUUGGAGCAACAAUAACACCCUCAGAUCAACCUCUUGGACCGGACACACCUGCGACACCCCUAAUCGAGUAAUUGUCCAUACUGCCCUUUACACUGCCCUUAUAUGCCCGGACCCUUUUAUAUCUCGCGAUAGGAUGGUCGAAGUGUUUUCGGAGGGAUGGAAUAUUAAAAGCAAAUCCGAAAAUGUGGUGGGCCACUACUCACUGGACAAGGUGGAAAUCGACCGUCUAGGCAAAGAACUGCCCCGCACCAUCGUUGCCGAAUUUUAUGGAAAAGACGAGGGUCGAUAUCCCAUAAUGUGGCUAGAACUAUCUAAAAGAAGAGAUAUACCCCCGAACGGUCUCGGAAUCUUCAUGAUCAAACCCGACCACUGCCAGUACAGGUGUCCCGAACUGGACGCCUGCAUCAACUCGUCCGUGUGGUGUGACGGUUUCGAGGACUGUCCAUCCGGCAUAGACGAGGCGCUCACUCACUGCUCCGUUUUGCUACAACUACCGCCGAUUUAUCUAUUUUUCGGGUCGCUUUUUUUAAUUAUCGUUUGCAUAGCCUUCGUGUUUCUCUUGUGGAAAACGUGCAGAAGAAGACCCCGUUCGAUCUUACAGACCCGUCUGCAGAGCUUAUCCUCCGACACUGCCAUAAUCGAGGAGAAGGGCGUGAUUUGCAGCUGACACAGCGACAAUUCUGUGCGCUACGUGGAAAUCGACCGGGUGACCACCGUGUGACGCUUUUACUGCGUCACGCGGUGGCUCCUGUAGGCGCUCAGAAUUUUUUAUCACGUUACUCGAGUGAAUUGAUGAGAUCAGAAUGACGGGUUUUUAGAUAACAGAAGUAUUCGUAGAAGCUCACCUUGCUGAGUUAAUGAGAAAGCAGUGGUUUGUUACUGAGUGAUCAUGGUAGCUUAGAAGGGGCGUAGCGAAGGUGUCAAACAUGGGGGAGCGAUUUGAAUGAAAUAUAUGGUAGAAUAAAAACAACAUUGAGCAAUGAAUAUAUAACAUAUUUGAGUUACAAAACCGACCAUUACUCAACGAUUGCACGCAGGUCAAUUUCAUCUACUUUAUCCUUUGCAGAUUAAAGCAGGACAUUAAAGGGCAUUAAUGAAUUGACCCUCAUUGUUGUCUGCAAAUUAUUUAGAACUAAUUUCUGUUUGCUAACAAGGCUUUUACAGCAAACCAACGUCACCUUGAACACUACUUUGGAAAUAUUUCCAAAAUUUGUACAUUGAUCGCAUAAUUCCAGUAGAUCAUAACUCAGCUAGCAGGUAUUCUAGUGCUGAAA